AUGCACUGGUCCUCGAGUCAUGAGAAAGCUUCUCUGCAGGUGGAUAUUGUUCCCAGCCAGGGGGAAAUCAGCGUUGGAGAGUCCAAAUUCUUCUUAUGCCAAGUGGCAGGGGAGGCCAAAGAUAAAGACAUCUCCUGGUUCUCCCCCAAUGGAGAAAAGCUCACCCCGAACCAGCAGCGGAUCUCAGUGGUAUGGAAUGAUGACUCUUCUUCUACCCUCACCAUCUACAAUGCCGACAUUGACGAUGCCGGCAUUUACAAGUGUGUUGUCACUGGCGAGGACGGCAGUGAGUCAGAGGCCACCGUCAACGUGAAGAUCUUCCAGAAGCUCAUGUUCAAGAAUGCACCAACUCCCCAGGAGUUCAGAGAGGGGGAAGACGCAGUGAUCGUGUGUGAUGUGGUCAGCUCUCUACCCCCAACCAUCAUCUGGAAACACAAAGGUCGAGAUGUCAUCCUGAAAAAAGAUGUCCGAUUCAUAGUCCUGUCCAACAACUACCUGCAGAUUCGGAACAUCAAGAAAACAGAUGAGGGUACUUACCGAUGUGAGGGCAGGAUCCUGGCACGGGGGGAGAUCAACUUCAAGGACAUUCAGGUCAUUGUGAAUGUACCACCCACCGUCCAGGCCAGGCAAAGCAUCGUGAAUGCCACCGCCAACCUCGGCCAGUCCGUCACCCUGGUGUGUGAUGCUGAAGGCUUCCCGGAGCCCACCAUGAGCUGGACAAAGGAUGGAGAUCUGAUAGAGAAUGAGGAAGACGAGAAGUACGUUUUUAGUGACGACAGUUCGGAGCUGACCAUCAGGAGGGUGGAUAAGAACGAUGAAGCUGAGUAUGUCUGCAUCGCCGAGAACAAGGCUGGAGAGCAGGACGCGUCCAUCCACCUCAAAGUUUUUGCAAAACCCAAAAUCACUUAUGUAGAGAACCAGACCGCCAUGGAACUAGAGGAGCAGGUCACUCUUACCUGUGAAGCCUCGGGAGACCCCAUUCCCUCUAUCACCUGGAGAACUUCCACCCGAAACAUCAGCAGCGAAGAAAAGGCUUCGUGGACUCGACCAGAGAAGCAAGAGACUCUGGAUGGGCACAUGGUGGUGCGCAGCCACGCCCGCGUGUCCUCCCUGACCCUGAAGAGCAUCCAGUACACAGACGCUGGAGAGUACAUCUGCACCGCCAGCAACACUAUCGGCCAGGACUCCCAGUCCAUGUACCUCGAAGUACAAUAUGCCCCCAAGCUGCAGGGCCCCGUGGCUGUGUACACCUGGGAGGGGAACCAGGUGAACAUCACCUGCGAGGUGUUUGCCUACCCCAGUGCCACAAUCUCGUGGUUCCGAGAUGGUCAGCUGCUGCCGAGCUCCAACUACAGCAAUAUCAAGAUCUACAACAGCCCCUCUGCCAGCUACCUGGAGGUGACCCCGGACUCUGAAAAUGAUUUUGGAAACUACAACUGCACCGCAGUGAACCGCAUUGGACAGGAGUCUCUGGAAUUCAUCCUUGUCCAAGCAGACACCCCAUCUUCACCAUCCAUCGACCAGGUGGAGCCAUACUCUAGCACAGCACAGGUGCAGUUUGAUGAGCCAGAGGCCACAGGUGGGGUGCCCAUCCUCAAAUACAAGGCUGAGUGGAAAGCAGUGGGCGAGGAAAUGUGGCACUUCAAGUGGUACGAUGCCAAGGAAGCCAGCAUGGAGGGCAUCGUCACCAUCAUGGGCCUGAAGCCUGAGACGACGUACACGGUGCGACUGGCAGCCCUCAACGGCAAGGGUCUGGGUGAGAUCAGCGCAGCCUCCGAGUUCAAGACGCAGCCAGUCCAUACCCCUGUUCCACCGGCUCCUGCUAGCUCUUCCACUCCCGUCCCAUUGUCUCACCCAGAUACAACCUGGCCUCUUCCUGCCCUUACAACCACAGAAUCAUCUAAGGGGGAACCCAGCGCUCCUAAGCUCGAAGGGCAGAUGGGAGACGAGGGCAACUCCAUCAAGGUGAACCUGAUCAAGCAGGACGACGGCGGCUCCCCCAUCAGACACUACCUGGUCAAGUACCGAACGAAGCUCUCCUCCGAGUGGAAACCAGAGAUCAGGCUCCCAUCUGGCAGUGACCACAUCAUGCUCAAGUCCCUGGAGUGGAAUGCUGAGUAUGAGGUCUACGUGGUGGCCGAGAACCAGCAGGGGAAGUCCAAGGCGGCUUAUUUUAUGUUCAAGACCUCGGCGCAGCCCACAGCCAUCCCAGCCAAUGGAAGCCCCACCGCAGGCCUGAGCACCGGGGCCAUCGUGGGCAUCCUCAUUGUCACCUUUGUCCUGCUCCUGGUGGUUGUCGACAUCACCUGCUACUUCCUGAACAAGUGUGGCCUGCUCAUGUGCAUCGCCGUCAACCUGUGUGGAAAGGCGGGGCCAGGAGCCAAGGGCAAGGACAUGGAGGAGGGCAAAGCCGCCUUCUCGAAAGAUGAGUCCAAGGAGCCCAUCGUGGAGGUGCGCACUGAGGAGGAGCGGACCCCAAAUCACGACGGAGGGAAGCACACAGAGCCCAACGAGACCACACCGCUGACAGAGCCUGAGCUGCCUGCUGACACCACAGCCACUGUCGAGGACAUGCUGCCUUCUGUCACCACCGUCACCGCUAACUCUGACACUAUCACCGACACCUUUGCCACUGCUCAGAACAGCCCCACCAGUGAAACCACCACCCUGACCUCCAGUAUUGCCCCCCCAGCCACGGCCACGCCCGACUCAAACUCUGUGCCCGCCGGCCAGGCCACCCCUUCCAAGGGGCCCGGAGUGGCCACCUCCUCCCCACCCCCAGCGUCAGCCCCCAAGGUGGCCCCCCUCGUUGACCUGAGCGACACCCCGACCUCAGCCCCUGCCACCAGCAAUUUGUCUUCUAGUGUCCUGGCUAACCAGGGGGCUGUGCUCAGCCCCAGCACCCCUGCCAGUGUGGGGGAGGCCUCCAAGGCCCCCCCAGUGAGCAAACCAGCCCCUGCGCCAGCCCCCACCUCAGCCGGGGCAGCCAGUCCCCUAGCAGCAGCAGCUGCCCCUGCCAUAGAAGCCCCCCAGGUCAAGCAGGAGGCUCCCAGCAUCAAAGGCCCGGACCCCGAGCCCACCCAGCCCGGUGCUGUGAAGAGCCCAAGCGAGGCAGCCACGGUCCUCACUAGCCCGAAGAGCGAGGCUGCCUCUGUCAACGCCACACACCCUGCCCAGGGCGAGGACUUUAAAAUGGACGAAGGGAACUUCAAGACCCCAGAUAUUGACCUUGCAAAGGAUGUUUUUGCAGCCCUGGGCUCUCCUGCUCCCGCCGCUGGGGCCAGUGGACAAGCCCCUGAGCUUGCUCCUUCCACUGCAGACAGCUCUGUCUCGCCUGCACCAGCAAAGACCGAGAAGGGCCCGGUAGAAGCAAAGUCGGAGAGCCAGGAGACAGAAACGAAGCCCGCACCAGCCGAAGUGAAGACGGUCCCCAACGAUGCCACACAGACAAAGGAGAACGAGAGCAAAGCGUGA